UUUACUUACUUUUGGUACAUUCUGGUUCACACAAAUCCUCUCACUUGUUCAUCGAAAUUUUCUGCAGAGUCCUCAUCGAGGUCGGGUUUCUUCCCCAAAUCCCCAAAACCAUAAACACAGUUUCUUCCAUCGCGUCUGAUCUUCCCACUUCAAUGCAAACACUCCAAAUAAUCAUAUAAACACCCUUGUAAUCAAUUCUAUCUUUAUAUACCUUUUUAAUUCAAUCUCUGUUGCGUCUGUGCAAUGGCAGCUUUAGUUCGGUUGCUAUCGUUCAAUUCGUCCUUGUUAUCUACGUCAUUGAAUUCUCUUCACCAAAAUCAAUUACUGUACAAAAACAACAACAAGAGGGUACUGUCAGUUGAUGCUAAUUCUUGUUUAUCUUCUGAUUUUAUUGUUAAUUCUCGAUUUGCAAUCAACCCCAGAAAGCAAGCGUCGCAAUUCAAGAUACAAGCAACAAUUACAGAAACUGAACAACCAAAAUGGUGGGAGAGAAAUGGAGGACCAAAUAUGAUUGACAUUCAUUCAACACAAGAGUUUUUGAACUCCUUGAGUGAAGCUGGAGAUAAAUUAGUUAUUGUUGAAUUCUAUGGCACAUGGUGUGCUUCUUGUCGUGCUUUAUUCCCAAAGCUUUGCAAAACAGCACAAGAACACCCUGAAAUCUUGUUCUUGAAAGUCAACUUUGAUGAGAACAAACCAAUGUGCAAGAACUUGAAUGUGAAAGUUCUUCCUUAUUUCCAUUUUUAUCGUGGAGCUGAUGGACAACUCGAAUCUUUUUCAUGUUCACUUGCUAAAUUUCAGAAAAUUAAGGAUGCAAUUCAGACACACAACACGGAUCGAUGCAGCAUUGGACCAAUAAAAGGUGUUGGAGAUGUAAACCUUGAAAGUGUGUCAGCUCCAAAGAACAAACCAGCUGUGUAACUUUCAUUGAUUCUAUUAUGCCAUUUUUAUAUCAUGUUUAUAGCUUUUUCAUCACUAAUUCUGUAAUGUUCAUGAGAGAUUAUACAUAUAUUUUUAGUAUAUAUAUCUUUUUGUUAUGAUAA